AUGCCUUCUGCAGUAAAAGUGCAGAGGGGAGAAAAGGCGGCGAAACGGAAGAGACCAGACACAAACGAGCCACCAAAGAAGCGAGUACGAUCAGAGAGCGCAAGCAGUAACCAGGAGCAAGCUCACGGCGACGACGAAGACGCCCAAGACCAGAUCCUACUCCUCGAGACAGCGAUUCUCGAAUCCAAAAGACACUACAACAACAUCACCACCCUGCUCCACAUCGCCCGAGACCACAACAGAGACGAAGGAAAAGCACUGCUCGCUACAGUGGCCCUUUGCAGGGUCUUUAUCAGGCUCCUUGCUGCCGGCAGUCUUCUUAGGAAGAAGAACCACUCCGACAAGGAUGUCAUCCUGGUGCACUGGCUCAGGGACCGCCUGGCCGAAUACAAUGAGGUCUUGCUGUCCUUCCUCGCUAGCGACGAACAUGCCCUGACUGCCCUCACCCUGUCUAUGCGGCUCCUUAAGGCCCACGGCCAGUACCCCUACCGCGAGAACGACGAGCACAGCUUUCCAAAGGUCCUUCUGAGAGACAUUGUGGUCGCCCUUUGCCGGCCUGGGGCUGAGCAAGUGCGGAGGGAGUUUGUCGAAAAGUUUGUCGACGAGUACGAUGACAUAAGACUCUUCACAUUCAAAGCCAUCCAGGACAAACUCGCGGAGCAGGAUGCACACUCAGGCUCGGGCUCGGGAUCAAAACAAGAUGCUGCGUUUGAGGCAGUCUUCGAGCUACUCUCUUCAAUCGAGGGCGUUCCGCAGUCCCGCGAGGAGCUCUCCGACUUUUACGUCGACCCGCCCAAGAAGCAAAAAGGUCAUGAGCUGUUCUCGGUCUCAAAGCACAAGAAGGCGGCGCAGGAUGCAUGGCUGGCCCUGAUGGGUCGAGACAUGACCAAAGAUCAGAGAAAACGCCUGCUCGACAUCAUGUCCAGUGUCAUUGCGCCGUGGUUCACCAAGCCAGAGUUGCUGAUGGACUUUCUUACCGACUGCUACGACUCGGGAGGCUCCAUGUCCCUGCUUGCGCUGUCCGGUGUCUUCUACCUCAUCCAGGAGCGAAACCUCGACUAUCCUGCCUUUUACACCAAGCUGUACUCUCUACUGGAUGCGGACAUACUUCAUUCUAAAUAUCGCUCUCGGUUCUUCCGCCUCCUCGAUGUAUUCGUCGCCUCCUCACAUUUACCCGCUGCUCUCGUGGCAAGCUUCAUCAAGCGACUGGCACGGCUCAGUCUGAACGCACCACCAAGUGCAGUAGUCACCAUCAUUCCCUGGAUGUACAACCUCUUCAAAAAGCAUCCGACUACAACAUUCAUGAUGCACCGCGUGCCGCGGACAGAGGAGGAGAAAGAGAAACUUGCCAAUGAGGGCAUGGGCGACCCGUUCGACCCAGAUGAGCAGGAUCCCAUGGAGACGCAAGCCAUCGAUAGCUGUAUUUGGGAGAUUGUGCAGCUUCAGUCGCAUUAUCAUCCUAAUGUUGCCACUAUCGCUAAGAUUGUUUCAGAGCAAUUCACCAAGCAAAUUUACAACAUGGAGGACUUCCUCGACCACUCCUACGCUAGCCUGCUCGAGGCGGAAAUGGGGAAAAACAUCAGGAAAGCGCCUGUGGUAGAGUUUCAGAUUCCUAAGAGGAUAUUCCUCCCGCAAGACAUAGAUUCGCAGGUGGAGGACAACCUCCAGAUGAAACUAUGGGACUUCUCAUAG